GUAUUUCCAACCGUAAGCACAAUGGCAUCCAGCUUGGGACCGAUGAACCCGAUUAACUCCUACGUGACGCUGAACCCCCUCAGUUCUCCCGGAUCUAUGAAUAUGACUUAUCCAAACAGUGGCCUGACUAGCCCUUCUCUCACUGGGCUGACCAAUGCCAGCAGUCCAAUGGGCCUCCCGUCUGUGUCGUCUCCUGUCAGUCCUGUAUUGACUCCACUGGGGGCUCAGGGUCCCACCCUCAAUUCUCUGUCACCCUACCAGAAUGUCAGCCAGUCGAUGGCUCCACUCAGCUACUCGCCUUCUAGCAUGAACAGGCCCAAGGAGAUUAGUAAGUCCUACCGGCGCACAUUGACCCACGCCAAGCCGCCCUACUCUUACAUCUCCCUCAUCACUAUGGCCAUUCAGCAGGCCCCAAGUAAAAUGCUGACCCUCAACGAGAUUUACCAGUGGAUCAUGGACCUCUUCCCUUACUACCGCGAAAACCAGCAACGUUGGCAGAACUCCAUCCGCCACUCUCUCUCCUUCAACGACUGUUUUGUAAAGGUGGCCCGUUCCCCUGACAAACCUGGCAAGGGCUCCUACUGGGCCCUCCACCCAAAUUCAGGGAACAUGUUUGAGAACGGCUGCUACCUGAGGCGCCAGAAGCGUUUCAAAAUUGAGGACAAGGCCAAGAAAUCUAGCUCCAAAGCUUCCAGCACCCAAGAGCAAAACCCCAAGAUUUCUGAGGGUCUUCAAGAAGGCCAGAGCCCCAACACAAGUUCGGAAGGGGCUGAAUCAGGUCACUCAGACACCUCCCACGGGUCUGAGGAACAGAGGGGUCUGGUUCAACUGGAUUGCUCAGGUGCACGGGGUUCGUCCCCCAUAUCUGAGACCUCUCCAGCCCCCAUCUCCCAGACCAUGAAUAGCCACUACUUUUCCACAUCCAUCACCAACCUGGACCUUCCAGGGGAUCUCAAAAUGGACCCUCAGUUCAACUUCAACCACCCCUUUUCCAUCAACAACCUGAUGUCUACCGAGCAGAGCCACAAGAUUGACCUGAAAUCCUAUGAGCAGACAAUGGCUUUCAACGGUUACAACUCCCCCCAUUCAGUGGAAGGGAAACACACCUAUGAGACAUCCACCUCGCUCAGUGAGACUGGCUCUUACUACCAGAGCCUGUACAGCCGCUCCCUGCUCAAUGCUUCGUAAGGCUCAAUGCCGUAUUAUAAUGCAAGGAAGGAGGAGGAGGCCAGAGAGAUCUCUACCUCCGGCCACAAUUACCAGCAAGACCAUCAAUGAGCAACUCCCACUCAUUGCCAAGAAGCAAAUACAGCGAGGGCGGUCCAAAGGAGUACACAGCCAAUGGCCCGGUCUGUCAAGAUCAUGAUGAAAUCAUUUGCUUUCCAAGACCAAUCUUUCUACACAGUGGUCAACAGCCCAUGAAGAGCUUCCAUUCCUAUGCAUUCACCUACCCAUAAUGACCAGGAAACAGGAAGGAAUUUCAGUCCUUGCUGCCGUUAGCCAACAGCCAGUUGGGUGGCCAUUGAUUUGUUUUUGUGAUGGCAUCUUCCAACGGUUGGGACUCUUGCUAGCAUAGGCUCUCCAAGUGCAAAGGCUACCGUUUCAAAAUGGCGGACUGCAGUCUGAAUUCUACAGUUACAAAAGAAGCUCAAAUUCACCCAAGAGUGGAGAUAUCGAUGUGUACGUCAAAAAGGACAUAAGAAAGGACAUUCCACAGGGUGGACUGUGCUGGUGACCACUCCUCAGUCCAGGAAGUGUGCCUUUCCAAUAUGUUACAGUCACUGGUUGAAUUGUUGUCUCGGGAUUUUCAAACCCACCCAAUUUAGGUCACAACUGUACGUGGCAGGACUCCAUUGUUACACACACAAAGGGGGGUUGGUUAUGCCAAAGACAAUUUAGGCCUCAGGCUAAUGAUGAGCAGGGACAAUAUAUUUUAGAUUUUUUUAAAAAAGAAAAGACAAGUGGCUUUAUAUUUAAAUAUUUGUGUUUUCUGUUGGGAAAAGGGUUAAGAGUUGAUUUAAUAUAUCACACUUUAGAGCAGAUUUAGAGGGUGUCUGUUGAAGUGGUGUAUUUUUUUUGUAUUAAUGAUAAUUAAAAAAACAAAACAAAA